AAUGUGCCUCUGUUUAGCUGACAAGCCCAUUGUCAGAAAAACACACGCAGAAACAACAUUUUCUUCGGUGCUUCCGGUGAGGCUUGAUACAACUUCCGGAAUGUUGAUUAUCACAUCAGCUGUUAAUGCCAAGAUGGCGUAUCGCCCGGCUGACAGUCCCCAGGGCGACAACCAAGCAGGGGACCUAGGUGUUUUGAGGCGUUGCAGGGGACGUCCAAGGCUAACAGACUCCGACCGAGCACAGAGACGUCUGGAGUCCCGGAAGAAGUACGAUGUGAGGAGGGUGUACCUCGGAGAAGCGCACAAGCUGUGGAGCGAGCUCCGCAGACGGACCAGUCUGAGCGAUGCUGGGCUGGCAGAGUAUCUCAUCCUGCUUAACGCCACGUACGGAGAAAAAUAUCAGCAAAAAUACUGCGGGAAGAAAUCUGAAUCAGAGAUCUCAGGAAUACAGAAAAGAAGUAGAAAGCAGAGCGUGUCCACCCUCCACAGUCUUGUGUGUUGGUACCAGGAGCACAAGUGCUCCUGCCCCCAUGAACCCCAGCUCAGAGCACUGCAGCCCAAGGCCAACUUCUCCACCGCUGCUGUCUGGCAGUGUGACUCCAACCAUUCCUUUGUGCAGUACCUUUUCUCACCACUCAGGGAGGCAAGUGACUCUGAGCAUGAGGUGAGAGGAAGCGAGGACAGUGAUGGAGAGGCUGCAGCCAAAACAGACAUACUGCUGGCUAAAAGCACAGUGGGGCAACAGAGAAGGAAAGAGGCACACAGGAAGUUCAAAGAUGUUGGAGAAAAUGUGUGUGAGGAACAGCAAGCAGCUGUGAGCCAGAGGGAGGAAUUUACAACUCUAAACCACCAGCCCGUUACAGAGGCCCCUUCCAGAGAUGCUACGCCUACAGGACAGCCUGUGUGGGAGAUGGAGAUGAUGCAGCAGGAAGGUGUCCUCACAGGAGCGCUGCACACCAUUCCUGCAGAGGAUCUGAGGCAAGGCAAGGAUGGAGACGAAGGAGAGAAACUCGGAGAAGAAGAACAAGAGGUCAGCUCUGUCGGGCACGAUUACGAGUGCAUGACGCCGUCCUUAGCCGAUGAGCUGGAGAAGCCGGAUGAGGACUUGGUUUUGUCGCAGAGUUUAAAUGAUUCUGCCCCACUGGGAGCUCAGCUAGAGCUGACGGUCCCACCGGCCCUGCAGCCACGAGAGCCGGCUGAACUGUUCAACCCUCAGACAAUGCAGACGGUGAUGACUGGCUGUGAGAUUCCUGACCAGAGGACGGCUUUAGAGGGCUCACAGUUGAUAAUCAUCACUGGCCCCAGUUAUGAGGCUUUGGCAUCAGAAGGAAUCCAGCUCAACUUGGGCAGUGGAAAUGUGGAGGAAGUCACCUGCUCCAUCAUCGGGGGUCCCGCCUACAACCAGAUCUGCGCACCUGACUCAAAAGUCAGAACAGCUGAGGAUGAAGACUCCAUGACAGGCUUGACUGACAAACAGCUGCUGCAGCCUGCUGUUGAUACGUUGGAGCUGAGCAGCAGCAGACAGCUGCAGAGGUGUCUGAGCAGUGUCAGGUCAAAGAGAAGCAAACGAGGCCCCGUCAUUGAGGCUGAUGGGAUGCUCAAGAUGUUCCACUGUCCAUAUGAAGGCUGCAGUCAGGUUUAUGUAGCCAUUAGCAGCUUCCAGAAUCACGUCAAUCUAGUUCACCGGAAGGGCAGGACCAAGGUUUGUCCUCAUCCUGGCUGCGGGAAGAAAUUUUACCUGUCAAACCAUCUGCACCGUCACAUGAUCAUCCAUUCAGGCGUCAGAGAUUUCAUCUGUGAGACAUGUGGGAAAUCAUUUAAACGCAAGAAUCAUCUGGAGGUUCAUAGACGGACACACACAGGAGAAACACCACUCCAGUGUGAAAUCUGUGGCUAUCAGUGUCGCCAGCGAGCGUCGCUCAACUGGCACAUGAAGAAACACACUCCAGAGGCCUACUACAACUUCACCUGCGACUUCUGCGACAAGCGCUUCGAGAAGCUGGACAGCGUUAAAUUCCACAAGCUGAAGAGCCACCCGGACAAGCAGGUGACAUGAAGCAUCGCGAGCCCAUCAGAUGGACCAGGAAGACUACCAGAGACCCUCCUUUACUGUGUUCGUCACAGCGCUCGCAUGCAGGAUGAUACAAACAUCAUCGCGGUUCACGCGAGGCAGAAGUCUGGCGGUGUAACAGCUGUGCAGGACACAAGCUGUCAGAGUAGAGGACAAAUCAACGUGGGUAACUUAGUCUGUGUCUGUUAACUGAACCAAAGCUAUAACAACAGCAUCAUCAGCUAACUUAUCUUUGUAAAGGGAGCAGCUGUUGCUCUGCUUUCUAUCACUGAGUGUUGCUUGUAUCCAGUCGUGUCACUUUGAAGAGGUGGUCAAACCAACAUGGCUAAUGCGCAGGAGUGUUGCAAGACAUUGCGUCUGAGUCUUUUCACAGUAAAGUUUGCACGUUAGAUAACUUUAAAAAAGUGAUGACACAUAUCCAAGAAAUAUGUAAUCCUUAAAUUGGAGACGUAAGCGUCAGCUCGGCUCUCCGUUACCUCAAACUAACUGGUGCUUCAGCCGAGCUUCUACAGCCAAGUCGAUAAAAACAUGGAAAAUCCUGGAAGUCUGUAACUUUUUGGGAUUAAGACCCUUCAUUUGAAAUCCUGAAGUUUCUGCUUGUUCAAUUACACAUUUAUAUAUUUUUAUACGUUGGGUGAUAACAAAUCUCAGCUGGCUGUUUUCACUCUAUCAUGGCCUAGAUUCUUUGUGGGAGCCCAGUCUACACCAUCUUCUUCACAACAGUCACGAGGACGUCCUGCUGAAUGAAGCAAAGACAUUAGCUCGUGUUAAACUGAGCCCAACUCGCGUCUUAUCAGCUUAGAAAUUCAAAUAAGAACGGCAGCUAUGGCUUUUAUCAGCCUAUGAAAUUUAAUUUAUCCACAACAAGGGAGAAGUUUACAAAAGAAGGACCCUAACCAGCUCCCAACACAAACCUCAGAAGUUAGGUUUUUUUCAACAUCUCAUAAAAUUUUUGCCUUGCUCUCCUGUUUUUAUGGCUUCCCAAGAAACCCUGAAUUUGCAUAGAAUCGCUAGAGGCAUUUUCUUGUGAUCAAGAACAGGUUUGCCACACACACAAUGAGCUGGGUUGACCACAUGUCAGGCACAGCUUACGAGGCGGAUGACGUCAUGUGGGUGCAAGCCGUUUCCUCCUUCUGUGAUGACGCCACCUCAGAGUUCAGGCUCCUUUCAGAGGUAAUAAACCUCCCUGCAGCCUUGGACUGUGUUCUGCAGUUUCUAUUUACCUGUUUAAAAAUAGGGAAAAAUUAUGCUGUGGUCAUUUGUUUCUCCUUCCUUUGAUGCACAACCAUGAGAGAUUACUGAUAACAAACCAAUGUGGUGGGUUCAUGUUAAUACAUAACAGAGAGACUGACUCAAGUUUGACGUUUGGUUUUAGCAUCAUGCUGCUCGGGCUGCUUUAAGGUUUAAAUUCAAAAUGAAUAUUUGUUGUUCUGUUUAGCUGAAAGUUCUUCCUUUUCUUUAUUGUUUUUUUCUUUUUUUAAUCGGUUUUUGUCGUAACUCGCAGGCAUGAACAAGAAAACAAGAGAGUUUGAUGUGAUAGUUCUCAGGAAAACUCACCUCCCUCGUUUUGUUUCCCUUUCUGUUGUUCCGUUUGUCUCUAAGUAAACACAUUUUUCCCUCUUAA